CCGCCCCGGCACGGGCGGCAAGACAGCGAGAGGGCCAGAGGGGCAUUGUAGCGUGAAAAGGGCUGCGGGGGAACGGCCGUGACCUGGCAAACUCCCAAGGGUCCAUCCAGCCGCGCCCGCCCGCCCGCCGCAACGCGACGAGCGCCACCUGCCGCCGCCCACCUCGCCUCUCCAGCCUCCGCUCGCUCGCCUCCGCCUCGCGGGCUCACUCCCUCCCUCGCUCGCUCGCUCUCGGCUUCCACCGGCCGGCCGCGGCGCCAAGGGAUGGACGCGCUCCGCCUCCGCCCGUCCCUCCUCUCCGCGCGGCCCGGCGCCGCAAGCCCGCGAGAUCAUUUUCUACCACCAUUUUGUUCGAUCCAACGAAAUGGUGAAGCGCGAGUUUGUUUUUCUGGACAAAGGACCCAAGGCCCUUCCUUGUAUCACAGUCAGAAAUUCUUCGAUUGGCAAUCCUCCUAUUCUAGGAUAUCACGUCAGUCAACAAGUACUUCUAUUAAUGCUUCGGGUCAGCCACUGCAAUCUGAACCUGAAGCACAUGAUUCUGCAAGCAUCUGGAGGGCAAUAUCGUCUUCAUUAGAUGCAUUUUACAGAUUUUCCCGGCCACAUACUGUCAUAGGAACAGCAUUAAGCAUAGUCUCCGUUUCCCUUCUAGCUGUCCAGAGCUUGUCUGAUAUAUCUCCUUUGUUCCUCACUGGUUUGCUGGAGGCAGUGGUAGCAUCUCUUUUCAUGAACAUUUAUAUUGUUGGAUUGAACCAGUUAUUCGACAUUGAGAUAGACAAGGUUAACAAGCCAACUCUUCCACUGGCGUCUGGGGAAUAUACCCCUGCAACUGGGGUUGCAAUAGUAUCGGUCUUUGCAGCUAUGAGCUUUGGCCUUGGAUGGGCUGUUGGAUCACAACCUCUGUUUUGGGCUCUUUUCAUAAGCUUCGUUCUUGGAACUGCAUACUCAAUCAAUCUGCCGUACUUAAGAUGGAAGAGAUCUGCUAUUGUAGCAGCACUCUGCAUAUUAGCAGUUCGCGCAGUGAUUGUUCAGCUAGCCUUUUUUCUCCACAUUCAGACCUUUGUUUUCAGAAGACCAGCAGUUUUUACGAGGCCAUUGAUGUUUGCAACUGGAUUUAUGACGUUCUUCUCAGUUGUAAUAGCACUUUUCAAGGAUAUACCUGAUAUCGAAGGGGACCGUAUAUUUGGGAUUCAAUCGUUCAGUGUUCGUUUGGGCCAAAAGAAGGUCUUCUGGAUCUGUGUUGGCCUGCUUGAGAUGGCUUACAGCGUUGCGAUACUGAUGGGAGCUACGUCUACCUCUCUGUGGAGCAAAACCGCAACAAUUGCUGGGCAUUCCAUCCUCGCGGCGAUCCUAUGGAGCUGCGCGCGGUCGGUGGACCUGACGAGCAAGGCCGCGAUAACAUCCUUCUACAUGUUCAUCUGGAAGCUGUUCUACGCGGAGUACCUGCUCAUCCCUCUGGUGCGGUGACGCUCGGCGAUGGCGAAGGCGGCGGCGGCGGCGGCGGGGCAACGACUCCACGGGAGGGCUUUGAGUGCCGGAGUAAACGCCCGUUUGAAACCGGCCGCACAUGCGCGUGCACGAGGGGGAGAGGGAAGAGGAUGGAUUGGCAAUUGGCAGGCUACGGCCGGCGCCCAAUAAAACGGAAUAAAAUUCCCCACCCCGUGUACCGCGCGCUGGCUUGAUGA